AGGCUAUUUUUCAAGAUGGCUGCGCCCAUGGAAGAAGUCGUGAACGAAAGCAUGCAAGAAGUUACCGGUGAUUGUGUAUCUUUAGAUACAACAAAACAACAUUUAACGAAAUCAAAAGAUUUACUGAACAUAAAUGGAGGUAAUGGAAUUACAGAUCAACUAUUGGUGAAUAAAAAAUGUAAAGCAGCAAAACUUGCUGGACCAAGGAAAACAUUUCGACCACCUCCAAGCUCAGUUUUAUCUGAUGUAAAAAGUUUCUUGCCAAAGAUAGCGAAGGCUAACGAGGACCUGACCAGCCUGCUUACGAGGGUACCUGCCAGUAUGGUGGACAUAGAGAGUGUGUCAGAGGACACGGAGAAGGUCAUAGAGAUGAAUAUUUCCCUAGUACCAGAUAUGGGGAGUGAAUCCGACUCAGAAUGUGAUUUGAAUUCAUCAGACAUUGAGAUAGGUGAAGUGACUGAGGAAAACUUUAAAACUGCCAGAACAAAUCGCCAGGUACAAAAUGGGAUUGUAGAAUUAGAACCAUCAUCAGGCAACGAAGAUGAAAAGACUUGAAUAUCAAAGUGUGAUGAAAUGGCAUUGAAAUAUAUAUAGUGGCGUAGCUUGUCAGUUAGAGGUCCAGAUUGAGGCUGUUCUACUAUACUGUGAUUUGUUCUAUCCAAGGGACACUAUGGUUUCUAUAAUGGGAGUUUGUUAUGUAAGUAGUUGAUACUGGAUGUUACGCAAAAACAGUCUGUCCAUAUAUAGUGGUUGAUGCUGGACAUUUAACCACUACACAGCUUCCUUAUCGAACCAACCCUUGUGUAGAGGUGUUUUAUACAUUACUGUGCAGCGAUAUUUGUGUACAUGAAAACAUUCUACACAGGUAUUACUUGGAAAAAAUAGGAGGAAAAUAUGUGGAAGAUGUGGAACCAGUCUCCUCAGUGUUACUAAUAUGUUUCUAUACAUGAAUUACCAGCCGGUGAUCUAAUGAUGAGUUUUGUAUAGAUCUUCUGUGUACAGAUACUGGAAUCUGGUGGAGUAUAUUAUGCUUGAGAACUACAUGGAGUAUAGUGAAAAUCACUUUUUAUCCUUGAUAAAAUCUUAUUUUGUAGUUCAAAUAAUUUCCUAUACCGGUAAGAACUUGUGGUUUAUAAUUAAAAAGAUUCAA